AUUUUGAUCCGGGUUGAUUUCCGGUCAAAGACAAGCAGGAUGGCGACUCACAUGUCGAGGUGCAGGACUUGGUCUCGGCUUCAGAGGUUUGGAAUCGCAGCCUACAGAAAGUACAGCACAGGUGGAGGAUAUCCCAAUAUCUCCCUCUCUACGCCGCUGCCUGGCAUCCCAAAGCCAGUGUUCGCAUCCGUGGACGGUCAGGAAAAAUACGAGACCAAGAUCACAACUCUAGAAAACGGCCUCAAAGUUGCUUCUCAAAACAAGUUUGGUCAAUUCUGCACGGUUGGAAUUUUAAUAAAUUCUGGAUCGAGACAUGAAGCAAAAUAUCCAAGUGGAAUUGGGCACUUCUUAGAAAAACUCGCCUUUUCUUCCACAGCUCAGUAUGGGAGUAAAGAUGAAAUCCUUCUCACACUGGAAAAACACGGCGGUAUUUGUGACUGCCAAACAUCGAGAGACACGAGCAUGUACGCUGUGUCUGCAGAGGUCAAAGGUCUGGACACUGUGGUCAGUCUGCUAUCUGACGCCGUUCUUCAGCCUCGCCUGCUCGACGAAGAGAUCGAGAUGAUCAGAAUGGCCAUUCGCUUUGAGUUGGAAGAUUUGAACAUGAGGCCAGACCCCGAGCCGCUGCUGACGGAGAUGAUCCAUGCUGCUGCGUAUCGUGGGAACACCGUCGGCCUUCCUCGAUUCUGUCCUGCAGAGAACGUGGACAAGAUAGACAAGGCGGUUCUUCACAGCUAUCUGCGUAACUACUACUGCCCGGAGCGCAUGGUGCUGGCCGGCGUGGGCAUCGAGCACGAGCAGCUCGUCGACUGCGCCCGAAAGCAUCUGCUGGACGUGAAGCCGGUGUGGGGGGCAAGUUCAGCCACCAACGUGGAUCUAUCUGUAGCGCAGUACACAGGCGGCAUCGUUAAGAUGGAGAAGGACAUGUCUGACGUGAGUCUCGGUCCGACGCCGAUCCCAGAACUCACCCACAUCAUGAUCGGCUUGGAGAGCUGCUCCUUCCUGGAGGAGGAUUUCAUCCCUUUCGCUGUGCUGAACAUGAUGAUGGGAGGAGGCGGCUCCUUCUCAGCAGGAGGGCCUGGGAAAGGCAUGUUCACUCGUUUGUACCUGAACGUUCUCAACAGGCAUCACUGGAUGUACAACGCCACUUCCUACCAUCACAGCUACGAGGACAGCGGGCUGCUCUGCAUCCAUGCGAGCGCAGAUCCCAGACAGGUGCGGGAAAUGGUGGAAAUUAUAACCAGAGAGUUCAUCCAGAUGGGCGGCAGCGCGGGAGAGAUGGAGUUGGAGCGAGCCAAGACUCAGCUGAAGUCCAUGUUGAUGAUGAAUCUGGAGUCCCGGCCCGUUAUCUUUGAAGAUGUCGGGCGCCAGGUUCUGUCUACAGGAAAGAGAAAGCUGCCUCACGAGCUCUGUGACCUCAUAAGCAGCGUGACAGCCAGCGACAUAAAGAGAGUGACCACCAAGAUGCUGCGGAGUAAACCUGCAGUGGCGGCUCUGGGAGAUCUGACGGAGCUGCCGACGUAUGAACACAUCCAGGCGGCGCUGUCCAGCAAAGAUGGCCGUCUGCCUCGCAUCUACCGUCUCUUUCAAUAAGACACCGCCGCCACUGCGGCUGUAAAUAACUCUGACGGGACGAUUAUUCUAUCGUUUCCUCUCAAACACAGAACUCGGCACCGCUCAGUCUGGGAGAGGACCAGGUGAUUUUAAAGAAACUCUUUCUGCUGCGCUCAGCUGGGGAAUCUGUAUUUAUUGUCCACACGAGCAGGAAGCCACAAAUUACCAGGAGUUUGGUUUUAAAGGGACGGUUUUUCCUCCAAAAUAAUUAUGUUGCUUUUUAGUUUAUGGAUAAUUCAGAAGACCCGUUUAUAAAUUGUUAACAUAAAAAUUAUAAUGUUGUUGCCCAAGGUGGAAAUGAUACGUUCUGUUAAUGGUGCCUGAAAUAAUUAACUUCAGAUUUGCAGGUUUUUGACUCCACAGGAUUAAAUACUUCAUUAGCUGGCCAUCUUUGAAAAAAGCAAAUGUUCUUUCUGUAAACUAGAUUAUGGACAGAUACGACGUGCAUUUUAUUCCAGGGAAUUACAGUUGUUUGUAAUAAAGAUUUGGAGAAUGAGGUUGUAAGAUGAGAUGGACUUUGGACAAAAUCGGGUAAAUUUUAUUGUUCUGCGAACUGAUUCGACAAAACCUCAGUAAAGAUGUUUCUGUAUUGAAGAUAAGUAAAGAAGUUAAAGGUCAAACUUCAUCUAUUUAGAGGUGGGUUUAAGUGUUACUACUGAUGUAGCUUUAAUAAAAUGUUUCAGUCCAAAACAUAUUAAAAUUUUUUCACAUUUCUUGAAUGUGAAAAAAUGCUAAUUAUUGGAAAGUCUAUUUUUGAAAAAAUAUCCAGAAAAUUUUACAGAUGAAAACUUUUCUGGUUGGAUCUGUAAAAAAAUAACUUCCUUUUCUACCAAACAGCCACAAACAUCUAAGAUAUCAUAAAUACUAAUCGAUUUGCGUCAGUUUAUCCAUCACGGAAAUCCUGCUGUACUUUUCCGUUAAUCAAGAAAUUAGAAAAUGAUGAAACACUAGUUGCUAUGGUAACCGCUAGGGAGUAGAGGCUUAGGAAAUAAAGAUAAAAAUUUGAGCCUCAAAGAAAUGAUAUGCAAAAAAUUACAGUUCAUACCAUAAAUACAGGGUUUUUUUUUAUGAUUUUUGGAUCACAGAAAUUCAUGGAGAAUUCUGCAUUUUUGUUUUGCAAUAAUGCAGGAUUGUGGGUUUAUUGACAACACUGCAAUAAUAAAAUACGGAUGAGAAGCAACUACUUCAAAUCAACGUAAAAUCCAUACAAAAAAAAUACAAAAACCGUAUUUUGACCGUUGCUGUUCUGAUUGAAUCCCAAUAUUUGGUACGUGGUACCAUCAGCCUGCAAUCAGACAUGAUCUUUGAUCUGGAGUUUCUUUCUCAGGAAGUAGUUCCCACACCUGACUUUCUUUUUCAUGUGUUUCAGUGAAAUUAUAUUCAACUCUUGAAGGUUAGACAAAAUUAAUUAAGCUUUCACAAACUCACAUAUUUAGGUUCAAAAUCUAAAACUCGCUAAAUUUAAUUUACUUAAAGAAUAGAAGACAGUAGACACCACUAACUGCAGCUCCAAUGUUUAGUAUUUGUAUUGUUUUGUAUUUUUGUUGAUUUGUUCGACUUUUGAAAUAGAGAUUUUCUUGUACUAUGUAGCUUUAUUAAAAUGAAAAUAACAAAAAAGUAAAUAUUACACCAAAUAAAAUGAUCAAUUCUUAUGAAAGAUGCAAAAAUCACAAGGAAACCUCUGACUUGACAGGUUCAACAGACAUUCAUUGACUCUAUUGAUGAACAUUUAUGUUGUUUCCUAUGAUUUUCUUCACAUCUCUGUGAUAAACAGAAACUUUUAACAAUAUUUCCAUUGUUGUUGCUGAUGUAACAUUUCACCAAGCAUGUCUGCUGUUCUUCAUUAAAAUAACCCUCCCAGCAUA